UUGAUUGAAACGGACGGAAAAAUUUUGUUGUCUCUGCUGAGUGCCGGCACUCUGGCGGCGGAAAAUAUAAAUAUCUCGCAAAUCUGUGUGAAUACGUAGAUUCCUUUAGCCGAAAAGGACUCGACACUCAAAGUUGAGUGUUGAUUAAUUGAAAGUGCAGUGGCUUGAUUGCAAUUAGCCACGAGUCGGUUUGUGGAAUUCAUUGCAUUACAGAUGCUGGAGCAGCAGCACCGCCCGCGCGAAUUACACACACAGCGGCACAUCAAUUGUAACGCCCACGCAGAAACAACCAACAACAACAACAGCAACCACAAGUGCCCCAGAAGCAACAACUUUUUCACCUUCCGAAGGGAGUGCGAGUGGAAGUAACAGUUCCUAAAUUACACAAUUGGAACCUAAACAGAAAAGUAAAAUGGCUUGCACGUGCGAAGUGAUCGGCCUGGCCUGUGUGGUGGCCCUUAUCCUCAGCGUUUCGGCCAAAGCUCCUUACCAAAUGCGUAUGAUUUUCAUCUUCUUUGGAGCGGGAGUCAUAGUCUUGCUGUGUGUUCCCUUUAUGAUUUUGCGGCCAAGAGAUUACAGGAAUGCUCUCGUUCCCGCUUGGGCUUUCCGGCAACUGUGCCGUCUAAUGGGAAUUACGAUGGAGGUGCGUGGCUUGGAAAAUGUACGUAAGGAUCAUGGCUCUGUGGUGAUUAUGAAUCACCAGAGUGCCGUGGAUCUAUGUGUUCUGGCCUACCUAUGGCCAGUUAUCGGCCGUGCCACAGUCGUCUCCAAGAAGGAGGUCCUCUACAUCCCGUUCUUCGGCAUCGGAGCCUGGCUUUGGGGCACUCUUUUCAUUAAUCGGUCCCGGAAGGCCGAUUCCAUUAACUCACUGCAGAAGCAGGCAAAGGCGAUACAGGAUCGCCAAUGCAAACUUCUGCUCUUCCCGGAGGGUACACGCAAUACCAAAGAAACGCUGCUGCCAUUCAAGAAAGGAUCCUUCCACAUUGCGCUGCAAAGCAAGAGCCCCAUCCAGCCUGUGGUCAUAUCGAAGUACUCGUUCAUGGACGACGAGAAAAAAACCUUCCGCCCAGGACAUGCACUCAUUCACAUCUUGCCCGAAGUUACCACCGAGAAGUAUGAGAAGGACGACAUGGAGAAGCUGAUCGAAGAGUGCCAGACCGUCAUGCAGACGGAGUACACUAAGCUGAGCAAAGAAAGCCUGGCCUUGAGCUCCAAGAAACAAGCAUAGAACUGGAUAGGUUACAAUACAACUCAGGUUACACGAAAGUACACCACCAAAGUUCCGGCUUAAGGAUUUAAUAUUAUAUUCGAUCUACAAGAUUUGUCUAUGAGAGAGGAAUCAAAAGCAAUGGAUGGGACGGGGACUUGGAAUCAUUUGCCUAGUAUUAAGCUACACUAUAUCAAUCUUCAAGUGUAUUUUUGAUUAAUAUUAACUGUUUUACCUCCAAUACAUGAAUGUGUAUGCCUAGAGCUUUUUUGACAAAAAGAAAAACAAGUAACAAGCAACUAAAGACAUUUUUACAAAACGAAUAAAACGCAUUUGUUCGAUGUUUAGCUUUAUUGGAAUUAUACAAAAUAUUGAUGUGUAUGUAUAUAAUGAAAUGAGAUCUAUAAAAUAUUUUGCACUAAA